UUAAAGAAAUUUUAUCCUGAACACAAAAUACUAAUCGAAUCACUGCACAAUAGAAAAAGGAAGCUGAACAAUGGCACGCCUUGUAUUCACGGAGAAGGAUCACAAUGCCUAUGAUCCCAAGAAGUAUCGCGUGGUACACAAAAACCAUUGGCGUCAAGUGAGUCUUCUUCUACAGCCCUCUAAUAAAAAAUGGUGGGAGGAUCCCGAUGUGAUUGUAGCCUUUAAUUUGCCGCGCAUUAGCGCUCGGUUGGAGCGCCUCAUGGGAACGAAUGUGGUGAAACUGACGGACCGCUCCUACAUGAAGGAGCUGCGCGAACGCAUCGAUGAGGAUUACCGCAAACAACUGCUGGCUAGGAUCAAGGCGCGUGAGAUGAAAGAAGUGGAACGGGAACGCAUGCUGAUUAUUGAGGGUAAAUCAGAUGUGAUUCCGGAUGAGCUUGCUGAUGAUCCUAUAUUUAUGGUCAAUAAAGAUGCCAAUAUAGAGAUAAUGAAAGAACGCUCAAAGUUAAAGACAAGUCGUGAGAAGAACGCUGAGCGUCUUAAACAACAGGGCGUUAAGUGGGAGCGCGAGCGGCUCCAGCACGCAGCAAAAGAGGCCGAACAGUUAGCCAAGAAACGUGAGCGGCAGCGCCAACAGAAACUGCUGGUAGAACAGUACAAGGCCGAAGAUGCUGAACGGGGCAUGGACCUCUUGCGCAUCGACAACGAAGACUGGCGAGAAUGCGAGCAAAACCUUAAAGAAUUUCUUGAACUUGAACGUGCUAAAAUGAAGGAACGUUCAAUGCGUGUGCCUACGGCAUAUUCUUCCGACCCCCUUGAUAUACAGAAUAUUGUACGCGCUCGCCAAAAAUUCCGCGAGACUGAGCUGCGAAUUCGACAACAGCUGGACGAUAAGACAAAGGAUGGGAAGUCUCCGCUGACGCCGAAGCAAAUGACUGCUCUGACCACGGAUGUGCGUGGAAGCACUGAGUUGCAGCCUAUGCGUGAAUUCUCUCGAGAUUUUGACUCCGAAAGCUUUCACGAACUGAUGCGACGCAGACUAAUGGACGAUGCCACCGAUGUCUCUGAGGAUAGUGUUAUAAGUGAAGGAGCUAUCAGCAUUAGCGUGGCAAAACAACAGUAUGCCGAGGAGCUCGAGGAGGAGAUGGAGGACGAGUUUAAUCGUGGUUUGCUCAUCUCAAAGCAGCAGUAUGAUCAGCUGCGCUUCGAAGAUGAGAAGAUCGUGGCGCUACGCAACGCCAAGGAUAUUCGCGAACUCUAUCAAUUGGCCGAGGAAAUUAUCAUGGGCGAUGUGAUUGAGGAGGAGCCGGUCGACGAUGUAGAAGAAGAAGCCGGCGCUGAGGAAGCAGAGCCCGAGCCGAGCUCUGAACAAGACUCUCAUACGCAAUCUCACAAAGGCUAAGAAGGUGGGGUCUUGAAAGUCGAGCAUUCUGUGGCAGACUGUUGGCCACUUUUUAAGCUAUUUUACAAAGUUUGGCGAAAUAUUUCAUUUCCUAUCCCCCAGCCUAAAAAAAUGGGAAACGAAAAAUUUAAUCAAAUUAUGCAAAAUUCUCAAGUGUUCUAUCGUAAACAAAAACUUCUGCCGUUAAUACGCAAGUGAGGGGAGGGUAGGUGGGGCUUGCAAUCGAAGUUGCAAUUAAUAAUUAAAACAGAAACAGUGAAGCACCUGUCAGCGCGUCAGAUUUGCCCACCGUCCUUGGCUGCUCAAAUGAAAAUCAAAUAAAAUUAUUUGAUUUAGUCGAUAA